UGAGAAUGCAAUAUAUAUUUGAGUCUGUUGACAAUUUUAGACAAUUACCAAAUCCUUUGAUUAAAAUUUACCAAAAUUGGUCAAUAUUCAUGGACACCCGUUCGCAGGCAAGAAGAAACGAAAAAUAUAUAAAAUGGCCGUCGACAAUGAAUGAAUUUAUGACUUUAUUUCGUCUUAUAUUUUAAUUCAAUCGUAGCUCCUUUCAGAGACAGAAAGCUCACAAAUUAAAGCUUUGUUCAUUUACCUUUAUGACGAAGUAUAUAUUACAAGCUAGCCAUGUCGGAUGAUACGAAAUUUAUCAACAUUAAAGAAAUUAGACCUGGAUCAAAGAACAUCAACGCGCUAUUUAUCGUGCUAGAUAUUGGUAAAUAGUUUGUUUAUGGCCAAUGAAGUGCCUUUAUGCGGUGCCUGAUUUAUAUAAUCAUUCUUAAACUAUUUUGGGUUGAUGUGUAUGGGUAUAUUGCUCUUAGAUUGAGGGACAAACAAGGCAAGGUCUCCUCUCCCCAGAUCUUUUGCUAGUAGGGUCAGGGCAAUAUAUAUACAUCACCAGAAUUUGUCUGCAAAAAUAACUGAUUGACUGUUUUUUGAGGGUUACCCAACACAAAAUCAAUUUUUGGCACAAAUAUAAAAUAUAUGAUUCUGUUGUUCUGUUUCAUGAAGGUAAACCCAAUAAGACAAAAGAUGGGCACGAGGUACGAUCUUGCCGAGUGGCAGACAAAACUGGCUGUAUGAAUUUGUCGGUAUGGGAUGACUAUGGCACUUUGAUGCAGAGUGGUGACAUCAUUCGGUUACACAAAGGGUAAGCUUUGCCACGGGAAUGGCCACCAAUAUCAUUUUUCCAUCUAAAGUUAUGUACGGUUGAUGAUCAGAUAAAAGUACUAUCUAUUCUCAUGUGAACAUUUGAUGUUUUUGAAAAGAAUUGAAGAUUUCAAUUAGCCCAAUACACCCUUUCAUCGCACUUACCUUUUGGUCUUAAAUUACGCAAGGUGAUUGGCUCACGAUUCAUGAGAGCGAGGCUCCCAGGCCAAAUGAUGUAAUUGCCAAAAGGGUGUAUUAAUGAUUAUGAUGCAAAGAAUGGUAUUUAUUGUUUUUAACAUUCUCCAUGACUAGGUAUGCCUCAAUAUUCAAAGGUGUAAUGACACUGUAUAUGAGUAAAAAUGGAUCUCUAGAGAAGAUGGGAGAGUGAGUAAUGUAUUCUUGAUAAUGCCAGAUGAUUUUACUGUCAGAAAGACUGCUACACAAGACAUUAAUGGUAAAACUAAUGUAUAUUUCUUAUAGUUUUUGCAUGGUGUUUUCUGAACAGCCAAACAUGAGUGAUGCCAAUGCAGAGUUCUUGCAACAGUACAAAAAGGUACAAUUAUUUCAUUCUGUUUAUCCAGUUUGAUAUUACUGUCAGUAACUCUUAAUAGCGAGGUUUAGCAAAGACGACGCGACGUGAAAGACGACGUGAAAAUGGCGUAAAAAUGGCGUGGGCACAUCCAUAGAUGGGCAUAUCACGCCAUUUUUAUACCAUUUUCACGUCGUCUUUGACGUCGCGUCGUCUUUGCUAAACCUCGCUAAUAACAAUUUGAUGUGUUUUGUAUAGGCCAAUGAAAAACCAACUCGCGACACACCCAACACCCACACACCUCAAACUCCAUCCCAGUCCCUUCCGCCACCACCACCCCCACACGGCCCACCACCUACUGCCCCAUCAGCCACUCACUCCCAAGCCCCUUCGGAUCCUCGCUCGGCGCGGUUCCACCCUUACCAGCGAGAUGCAAACCAAGGGAAUAUUGUGAAUGCAGCCAAAGACCCACGCUUACGGAACAGGGGGAAUGCAAACGGAGGGGGCAGAGGGGCAGGCAGCUCGGCUCCGAGGGGUGGGGCGGGGAGUAGUAGCUCCGAGCAAGCACCGAAGAACAUUAUAAAUACUUCCAGAGACCCAAGAAAUCGGAACAGAUAGCAGCAACAUACAUACUUUACUAGCAUACAUGUUUCACAAAUUGUGACGGUUCAUGAUGGUCAACUUUGAAUUUGACAAGCAUAUAUAUAGCACCAUUUGGCACACUUCACUGAAACACAUCAUUCUAUUCCCUGUAUAUGCAUACAUUAGUAACUUAUAUAUAUAUUUA